AGUGGGUCUUUCGGUUUCAUGACCAGACGCCUGAUGGUUGCCUCCGGUCUGUGUGCCACUCCAACCCCAAGUGGUGCGAGAAGGCGGCCGUCAGCUUCCGAAACGUUUUUGACAUACGGAAGUGCUCGCCAAAAUUUGGGGUCCGUGCGGUUAGGCCUUUCGUCCCUUUUGCGUAUGCACCGGUCGACGAAUUUGCGCGGGUAGCCAUUGGCUUUGAAGACCCGUCGGAGGUAUUGUAGUUCGGCAAUUUUGUCUUCCGGCUCACUGCAGUGCGUUUCGACACGCCGAUAGAGUAUAAGGACGCUCUAUCGGAUCUGGUGCAGUUGCGGACAAAGCAACUACGUCGGAGAAACCGGAAGACAGCUCCGAACGAGAAUGGCCGAACACGCGGCAGCGGUGCGCAGAAAUGACGCCAGCUCUCAAGUUGCGGCUCAUUCGACGAGAUUCGGCCACACAUUCAAAUUCGAUGAGGCCGAAAUUCUCGCAAGAGGUGACAACCGCGUGAGCCGGGAGCUACUGGAAUCAUGGUUUACUGGCCCCCAGUCCAUCAACAAGUGCAACGAUCUUCCCACUCCAUACUGCGUGCUAAAACUUCGCCUAGGCUGAGUAGCAAGCCAUGCGGGGAGCGCAGAGGUGAACACUUUUCCCAACACCGGGGUCGGUGCGUCAGAUGGUCGAGCAAUCAUCACGCCAACAUCCAACGCACGUUAUGAAAUUGCAGCAAUUAUCGACUCGAAUGUCGGCCAUCGAGCAGUGAUCACACCAAGUGCGACGAUCCCGGAUGAAGGGGGGAGCCGUGAAUGUUCAUAGGUAUGCGGUAGCAUGGCUACGGCAUCCUAUAAAUACCGCAGCCCCUUGUGCAGCAAGCACCCGUUUCUGCUUUUUUGUCUCUGAUGAUGGAUUCGAGUAGGAAUCCGAAACGUCAGGUUAAUAAAGCUCUUGUCCUGGCGAUCGUGUCUCCUUCUUCAGCACUGUUGUCUGUCAGCGAAAAUGUUGAUCGUCCGCUUAGGGAUAUUGUAUGCGCCUGCUGAUGCCCAUGAAAGCUCGGCCACUGAGAACUUCGUAUGAGCUAGUCAGUUCUUCAAGAACAUCUCUCUCAGGCACUGCCAUGCUAACAUAAGACCGUAGCUAGAUUCCAUCUUAUCUACUACUUUUGGCGGGAAUACAGUGUCGCAACACUUAGAAUUGUCUAUUCCCCCACCAGCCUGUCUUACGGGCGGACUACUACUACUACUACUAUUACUACUACUACUACCACUAAUACUACUACUACUACUACCACCACCACUACUACUACUACUACUACUACUACCGCUGUUACUACUAAUACUACUACCACUGGCGGGAAUACAGUGUCGCAACACUGAAGAAAACUUUUUCCCCCGUCUACCACCACUGAUACGGCGAAUACUACUAAUAAUCCUACUAUUAGUACAACUACUACUACCACCGCCACCACGGCUGCCAAUGCUACUCUACCAACGCUUACAGUAUGGGUAACUAACUGCAAUAAUACUAGCAUCAGUAACGGAGUGUUGCGACACUGGUAUCCAACCCUACUUUUCUAUUUCUUGUUUUAAUCCCAGUACAUCAAUUGUAAGAUGAAUAAAGCCCUGUUAUAGGGCAUUCUCGUUCUGACUCUUGUAUCCGUAUUCCUUCGUCCUCUUCAUUUCUUGUGCUUGCUAUGGUCCUAGCUGCAUCAGGCACCCUCGCGCAUUCUGCGCCACAGGACCAGCUCAUGUAGCCACAAAAGGACAAGCUCCGACCUGCAGUGAGACCAUGCUCGCCUAAUGUACUUUUCCAAAGAGCUUCUUCGUGAGGCCCCCCCUCAAUUAUAAUGAUAUUUCCUGCUCAUCCGAAAGAGCCGCUCGUAUAGGAUCGGCGCACGACCCUACCGUAAUCUCCAUACCCUUUCCUGCUUGUUUUUCUAGUGAUGUUUAUAUCGUGUAUCCUCUUCUAUUUUUAUUUUUCUCACUUAGACUCUCUUUGAAUGUCGCUCCUCCGAAGAAGAUCAAGCGAGUUCCGAUCCCUGACUACCUCUAUGAAGAAAUGGAGGAAUUCUCCAAAGCGGGGUAUCUUGUUGAACUUAUAGCCUUUAUCUUGGCCUCUUAUCCCUCCUUUCUAUGCCUCUGCUAUUUUCACGCUGAUCUCCUAACCUCUGAUCUUUGCGCACUGGGCGCUGUAGGAUUCACAAUGUCAGUAAGGUGGGACCAGUUGGACUGGAUAGUCAGAACGUAUUUAUCUGCCCUAUCGUCGCCCAGAAGUCCUAUCCAUUCCCAUGCAGUGCUCCUGCAUGGUGGUAGCGAAUGUAGUUUAUAAUGCAACUUUCGAUCCCUCGGUCUGUGACCAUCUCUGAACAACUUAUUACCGCACAUUUGUCAAUUAGCAAUUGAUAUGCUCUUAGCGCCCGUAGAAAACGGACCACGGUAUAGAUGCGCUCGACCAACAUGGAGCCAAAUCAGGGCACGGCAGGGCUUCUUGCAAAUGUGCACCCACAACAAAUGUCACACAUGGGUGUGUUGUCGCGCUUAUGGGUAGGCUCACGCCGCGCUAACCACCUGCGCUCGAUCCCGCCCUCGGUUUUCCCUCUCGCUCUCUACCUCCCUCUCUCUCUGCUUCUCUCUUUCUGACCUAUCCCCAACCUUUCCUGCCUUCUUCCUCAUUCCUCUCUUUCUCUGGUCUUAUUGCUACCUAUUCGGUGUUCUCUAUUUUCAACAGUAGAACAAGGAUAUGCAUGCCUACAUUAAUACCUCCCUUUUUGACAGCGCCCUCCGGGGCAGUAAACGCAGGCGCCUGGAGGCGGCAAGUCUGUUGGAAACUUCGAAAGACUGGGUGACUCUGACCGUGCCGUUGAAUGUUGAAGCAAGCUCUGCCAGCCUAAAGCCUAAACUUCUUGAUAUAUCCCUCCCAUCAGCUGUCCAAUCACUUAUAAAUGCAGGCUUUGUGCCUACAGAUAUCCACUUUUAA